AUGGCGGACUUCACAUUCGCCAACGCGACGCAGGAGAAUGCGUUCUCAGAGAUGGUCAGCGACCAUUUGAAGGGGAUCGGCAGAAUGUUCUACAUCCACUCCCCUAAAGACACCAUGUUUGAACGCAAGGAGGAUGUACCUAACUUUUUUAGACAAUCAUGGCCUUACUUCUUCCUGUUCAUGAUCUUGGAACACAUAGUCCUCAGGCUAGAGGGCAAACCAGGCAUUAGACUCAACGAUGGUAUCACUAGCAUAUCCCAUGGAAUCCUCCAGGAGUGUGGAAGGUUAGUCUGGCGUGGUGCCGAGUCAUUUUUGUACACGUGGAUCUAUGCGAACUUUAGACUUGUGGAUCUGCCUUGGGACAGUGCUGUAACGUGGUAUGCUGCGGCAUUGGGAGUCGACUUCUGUUACUACUGGAUGCAUAGAGCUUGUCAUGAGGUCCACAUACUAUGGGCGCAGCAUCAAGUCCAUCAUACGUCUGAAGACUUCAACAUGGGCGUCGGUAUACGGCAGUCUAUGCUGCAAGGAUGGUGUGGAUUUGCGUUUUACCUUCCACUGGCGCUGGUAAUUCCCCCAGCUCAGUUUGUGAUGCACCACCAGUUCAGCUACUUAUACAUGUUCUGGAUCCACACUGAAGCUAUCAAGAGCUUGGGACCUCUGGAGUACAUCCUCAACACUCCUAGCCAUCACAGAGUUCAUCAUGGCAGUAACAAAUACUGUUUGGACGUCAACUACGGAGGAGUCCUCAUCAUCUGGGACCGUAUCUUCGGUACCUUUAGACCUGAGACUGACAAGAUUGAGAUCGUGUACGGUCUGAUCUACAACCAACCUUCUUUCAACCCCAUGUACUUACAGACAUUCUACAACAACUAUGUGGUUGAAAAGUUCCGUCGCAUGGACACCUGGGAGAACAAGAUAAAGGCCAUUGUCUGGGGACCUAGCUGGGAGCCUGGCACUGCUCGCCUGGGAGAUGAGGACAUGAAAUUAGAUAUUGAAAACAGAGACAAAUACGACGUGAACCUACCAGCCUGGUGCAACUUGUAUCUGGUAGCUCACUACGCCAUCGUGUUGUACGGAUUCUUCGAACUAGCUUCCAAAUAUAUGGGUAUGACGCCAGUCUCCGUACUGAUCUGUGUCUUCUACGUCAUCGCUUCCCUCACCAUCAUCGGAAUGUUGUUCGAUAACUCCAAGUACGCUUCUCUAUUGGAGGUCAUCAGAUGCUCAGCUCUGGCCUUCCUCAUCAGAAGUGUGGCGGUCACCAGCCCAGCGUUGGCGACUGCCCUCCAAACCUUCUACGUAGCCUCAGCUAUGUUCUGGUGCUUGAACAUCCUGAAGUUCUUAGAAAUCAAGAAGACGAAGAAGGUGGAAUAA